GCCGGAGGGCUCCUUCACCUUUCGCUGGAUGUGUGAGGGCGCCGACCUGGCCCGGCUGUGCGCCCCAUCCAGCGAUUAGAUUCCUUUUUCCGUUACCUCCACCCCAGCAUUCGCCCCCUCGCCCCCUCCGACAGUAACUAGAACGAGGGCGGCUUCUGGACUGGGCCUGAGCCCGGGGAUCCUUGUGCCGUCGCCUGCAAGCCGUGUGACCUUGGGCGUGUCGUUUCAUCCCUCCUGGCACAGCUUUCCUCUUCCACAUGGGGAUAGUUGUGAAAAACUUCCUGGGAGGCAGCUCGACUUCAAGGAGAGGGGGCGGGCUUUAGAGUUGGACGGCUCUGGCUUCUCCUGCAUUGGCUGGCCCUGCCGGUAACCAGCAGUGUGACCUUGGGCCAGACGUUUAACUGGUCUGAGCCUCAGACAGCUCAUGUGUACACUGACAAUCAAGAUACGUACUUCAGACUGUUACUGUGAGGAUCCAAUGAAAUAAUUAUGGGAUGUGCCUUAGCAUACGAAGUGAUGAAAAUACACCAUCUACUUUACAACAAGAUUACUAUCUUGAUUCAUCGUGGAGAACUCAGAAUGGUCUUAUUCCUUGGACUCUGGAUAGCACCAUCAGUGAAGAGAACAGAGCUGUCAUUGAGAAAAUGUUGUUGGAAGAAGAGUAUUAUUUAUCUAAAAAAUCACUUCCAGAAAAAUUCUGGCUUGAUCAAAAGGAAGAUGAUAAAAAAUACAUGAAGAGUCUGCAGAAAACAGCAAAAGUCAUGGUACACUCUCCUACAAAACCAGCCAGUUACUCAGUAAAGUGGACGAUAGAAGAAAAAGAGCUGUUUGAACAAGGGCUGGCUAAAUUUGGCCGAAGGUGGACCAAAAUUGCAAAGCUAAUUGGAAGUCGCACUGUUUUACAAGUGAAGAGUUAUGCCAAACAGUACUUUAAAACUAAGGUAAAAUUAGAUGGUCCGGAGAAGGAAACAUCAGAUCAGAAGAACAGCAGUGAUCCUCAGAUUAAAAAUGAAGGUGGAGGCACAGAGGUAUGGACACCAUCAGGUUUAAGGGGACGUGCUGAUCCCAACUUGAAUGCUGUCAGAAUUGAAAAGUUAUCGGAUGAUGAAGAAGUAGACAUCACAGAUGAGGCAGAUGAGUUGACUUCUCAAGCUCUCCAGAAGAAUCCUAGCAGUGAUCUCUUACUUGACAUUCCUAAUAGUAAAAGUCAUGAAACCAGUCAAGAAGUCAUUGCUUCUGACAGCCAGGAAAACCCCAUUUUUAAAUCUUCCAAGGAAUAUCUUCAGAAUAUAAAGCAAGGUGAUAUGGAAACACUUUCAAGCUCAAGAAUUACAUUUUGGACUGAAAAACAGAGCACCAGUGACAAAAAAUCAGUUUUUGAAUUAAAUAAUCAGAAAUGUAAUAAACUGAUGAAGAACUGUGAUAAGCAUGAUGGAAAUGGAGAUAAUGCCAGGCAAUUGCCUUCUCCAGAGCCUUGUGAAGUUCAGAAAGAUUUGAGUGAGGAUGAAAUGCUUUUUCAUUCUUCCUGCCAAAUGGAGGAGGAGAGCCAUGAGGAAGAAGAGCUUAAGCCACCAGAACAAGAAGUAGAAAUAGAUAGAAAUAUCAUUCAAGAAGAAGAAAAACAAGCAAUUCCUGAGUUUUUUGAGGGGCGCCAAGCUAAAACACCAGAACGCUAUUUGAAAAUUAGGAAUUACAUUUUGGAUCAGUGGGAGCUGUGCAAACCGAAAUACUUAAAUAAGACCUCAGUACGUCCUGGCCUGAAGAACUGUGGGGAUGUAAAUUGUAUUGGACGGAUUCAUACAUACCUCGAGUUGAUAGGAGCAAUCAAUUUUGGAUGUGAACAGGCUGUAUAUAACAGGCCACAACCAGUUGAUAAAGUACGAGUCCGAGACAGAAAAGAGACAGUGGAAGCAUACCAGCUCGCCCAGCGUCUGCAGUCCAUGCGCACAAGGAGACGUAGGGUCCGAGAUCCAUGGGGAAAUUGGUGUAAUGCAAAAGACUUAGAAGGACAAACAUUUGAGCAUCUCUCUGCUGAGGAGUUGGCAAGAAGAAGAGAAGAGGGAAAAUGCAAACCUGUUAAAUCUUCAAAAGUGCCAAGGCCAACAAAAAGCUCAUUUGAUCCCUUCCAACUGAUACCUUGUAAUGUUUUCAGUGAGGAAAAGCAGGAGCCAUUUCAGGUGAAAGUGGCUUCAGAAGCACUUUUAAUAAUGGAUUUGCAUGCUCAUGUUUCUAUGGCAGAAGUGAUUGGUCUGUUAGGAGGAAGAUACUCAGAAGUUGAUAAGAUAGUUGAAGUCUGUGCAGCAGAACCCUGUAACAGUCUGAGUACAGGACUACAGUGUGAGAUGGAUCCUGUCUCACAAACACAGGCCUCGGAAACCUUGGCUGUACGAGGCUAUAGUGUUAUUGGAUGGUAUCAUUCUCAUCCUGCCUUUGAUCCUAAUCCUUCCUUACGAGAUAUUGACACUCAAGCCAAAUAUCAGAGUUACUUCUCCAGAGGCGGUGCAAAGUUCAUUGGAAUGAUUGUUAGUCCUUAUAAUCGAAACAAUCCUUUACCUUAUUCCCAGAUUACCUGCCUGGUUAUAAGUGAUGAAGUUAGCCCAGAUGGCUCAUACCGUUUACCUUACAAAUUUGAAGUACAACAGAUGUUAGAGGAACCUCGGUGGGGAUUAGUGUUUGAAAAGACAAGAUGGAUAAUAGGAAAAUACAGGCUGUCCCACAGCAGUGUCCCCAUGGAUAAAAUCUUUCGCCGGGAUUCUGACCUGACUUGUUUGCAGAAACUUUUGGAGUGUCUGAGGAAAACUCUGAGCACAGUCACCAAUUGCUUCAUUGCUGAAGAAUUCUUGACUCAAAUAGAAAAUCUAUUCCUUUCCAAUUAUAAAAGCAAACAAGAGAAUGGAGUGGCUGAAGAGAACUGUACUGUGGGUCCAAAGGAAUUAUUAAUGUAAUUAUUUUAAAGUAAGGCAUUUUAAUCUUGACACGGUAGAUCCUGCUUUCAAAGUUAUAACCUUGAAAUUAUUGUAAUUUAGUUAACCAUGGCACAGCUUUGAUCUUUUUUCUCUAGUUCACAAAAUCUAAACUUUGCCAUGUAAAUCACCUGACAAGAAAGAGGUGUGGACUUGUUUUCAUAUAGUGAUGAUGAGAAUGUUGUGUAAAGCAGGGUCUCCCAAGGUGCUCCAGUCCUGCCGUGGCAGUAAGCAGUGCAGUAGGCUCUGAGGGUGGUCUGUUUUACUGUUGUGUUCAGGUUGAUGAGUGCAACGGGUCUCUAAUUUUUAUUGCUCACCCAACUCACCAUUCUGUUUUGGUAUCUCAUGUCUCGUUAGGAGCAUUCAUUCUUUCUGUGUGUUUGGUAAGAUUCAUUUAAGGUUGCAAAUGAGAUCGAGAAGGGGGGUCACUGAGGUAAUUAUCAUAGUUGAGAACUACUGGUAUAAUAAAUCUGACAAUGUGCUAUGGGAGGCCAGGGGAGGCAUAUGGAGUAAAAUCUGAAAAAUAGAAAAGAGACCCAAAGAAGAGAAUCAAAUUACCAGUUUUUUAAUU